AGCAAUUGUACCACCAGACCCCUGACCACGGAACCACAGCCCUGCACCCCAUUACAUAUUCUCAUAUACUCAGCGCCUGCACCCGCACUAUACCAACCAUGAGCGACCUCAUUUCCUACAUCUCCAAGAUGUUGUGUAUCAAGGCAAGGUCCGAGGCAACACCGGCCGGCGGCGAGGACGGCGGCGGUUGCGCGGCGGAAGAGUGCCGCGUCUGCCUGUCGAGGAUCCGCGUCGGCGAGGCCACCCGCCGGCUGCCGUGCCGGCAUGUUUUCCACCGGGACUGCGUCGACCGCUGGCUGCUGUCCUGCAAGCGAACCUGCCCGCUCUGCCGGGUUUACGUGGCCGACGAGAACAGGCAUCCGGUGGCGGUGAAGCACACUGGCCGUGAAGCACUCGCCGACGACCUGGUGAUCUGGUUCUCCACCGUGCUCGUCCCCGGUUUCUGAUGACAAAAUCUUCUUCAUUUUCGCUUGAAGCUGUUUUUUGUUUUUGGCAUAUACUACAGCUUACGUGUAUGUACUUAUGUUAGUCUAUAGAACAGUUAUCAACAAAUUUGUGUAUGCAUGCCCGGAUAGAUUCUGGUUUCAUUUAUUGGUGGAAUUUUUUCUAUUCGAUGCUGCUUACUAAACGAGAGUGACUGAAAAAUAAGAGCAUUCAGAA